AUGGACGUGCUGCCGCUGAAUUUUUACUCUUUGCGACUUUCUGGUCUCUGGUACGAGGAAAACGAAAGCUUCGGAUUCGCGAAAAAAGUGUACCACUUCAUUGUAGUAGCAGCUGUUUUCUAUUUUACCUUUACAUUGUGUGCUAAAGUUGUUAUCAGGGACAGUGACAUAAAGGGUCCCACCGAGUCUCUCUUUUUGGCUCUAAAGUUCAUAUCACUGUGCUUGAAGAUCAUCAAUUUCUUAUACCAGCGGGACAACGUGAUUGAAAUCAUCAGGAAAAUGAAGGUUCCACACUGCAAAGCCGACAAUGCCGUGGAGGCAAAGAUACUGGCGAAAUACGCUAAAACUUCAAAGUGGCUUUUCGUUUUUCUCAUGUCGUUCUCUGUAUGCACCGUCUUACUCUUUUUCAACGCUCUGGGAUCUAAAAAAAAGAGCGACCAACUCACAGCUCUUAAAACUUACCAAUUUUAUAACAUUUCAAGCCCAACAGUUUUCUAUACCACAAUGUGUUUUUAUUUAAUAGCAUCUCUCUAUUCUGUUAUAAUCCACGUUUCUCUUGACACAAUGUCUGUUGGACUAUUUAUGGUCAUAAGUGGACAGUUGGAAUUAAAUGCCUACAGAUUGAAGAAAUUAAAAUGUGGCGAUGUGCGUUGCCUGAAGGGCUGCGUCGUCCAUAACGUCUUGAUUCGAGGAGUGACAAAAAAAGUUGAGUCCCUCGUCAUCGGAGUUGUCAUACCAUUUUUUUUUUUUGGCAUGGGAAUUAUUUGCAUAAGCAUAUUCGAAGCUACAAAGUACAACCUUUUUAGCUUUGAUUUCGCUUGGAUUUGGGUUUUCUUCUUAAGCAGUUUGCAGCAAGUUUUUAUCUAUUGUUGGUUUGGCAAUCAACUGACGUUGAUGAGCCAGGAAGUUUCUAACAGGAUCUACGAAAGUGAUUGGAUGUCAGUGGAUCCACGUGAAAGGAAAUCUUUGUUAAUUUUAAUGAUUUGCAAUCAAAAAGGCCGAAGUGUUUCUUGCCAUGGACUGUGUGCACUCAAUUUGGACACAUUUUUAUGGAGCUUAGUUAUUAUGUCUUUGAUACUGUGUCCAUUGCCUAACGAAUGCACUCUUGUUGUAUUAAAGAUUCUCAAAAUGUCGUAUACCAUGAUUGGAGAAGGCGUCGGUGGAGUUGGUGGAGUUGGAGGAUGGGGCAAAUGA